CAGGAACGUUUCUUUGCUAGUUCUCUCCGGUCAUCAUCUCCGAACAAAUUUGUCAGAAGAGCCAUGGACUUUGUUCUGAAUAAGAUUAAUAAGCACUUGGACAAUCACAUGAGCUUUGAUCAGCAUAUGAAGGACCUUAAAAGGAAAUUAAAAGAAUUGAAUGGUACGAAGAAAGAUACGGAAUCUAUAAUGAGAACAGAGCUGCAGCCAAGGAAGAAACUCAAGGCGGAAGUCCAGAUAUGGUUGGAAAAUGUUGAAAGACUCAAUGGCGAAGUGCAAGACCUUGAUGACAGAAUCGGUGAAAGUAGUGCUCUUACACGGGGAUUUCACACAGAAGAUGUGUCAAAGAUUACAAAGGAAGUUGAAGAACUUAUUAUUCAACAUGGUAAGUUUCAUGGAGGUUUGGUGGUUGACAAUCCUCAAUGGAUCGGACAAGUUUUAUCGACAAUAAGUUUAUCAGGUGAAGCUGUAAAGGCCUGUGUUAAAGAGAUUUGGCAGUGCUUGAUGGAUGAUGGGGUUCGAAAGAUUGGAGUUUGGGGCAUGGGUGGCGUGGGGAAAACAAGCAUCAUGAAGGUUAUAAACAACCAACUCUUAAAAGAGACGGGGAAAUUUGAAAUUGUGAUUUGGAUCACUGUAUCCAAAGAGGUGAGUAUUGUUAAACUGCAGAAAGACAUUGCAAGUAGAAUUGGAGUAGAAUUUUCUGGUGAUGAAGAUGAAACUACAAGGGCAGGGAUGAUCUUUGAAACAUUGUCUCAGAAGGGUAGGUUUGUGAUGAUCUUGGAUGACCUAUGGGAGAAGGUUUCACUUGAGAGAAUAGGAAUCCCUGAACCGUCUGCGGGGAGUAAAUUGGUGUUGACAACUCGAUCAUCUGAUGUGUGUCGACAAGUGGGUUGUAGAAUGAUUAAAGUAAAGCCUCUAACGGAAGAAGAGGCAUGGACGUUGUUCUUGGAGAAGGCGGGUCGUGAUAUUCUCAAUAUUCGAGGGGUGAAACCAAUUGCAAGAUCAAUUGCUAAGCGUUGUGCAGGUUUGCCCUUGGGAGUAAUUACUAUAGCUUCUUGUAUGAAGGGCAUUGAUGACAUUUCAGAAUGGAGGAAUGCACUAAAAGAAUUAAGUCUACGCAAAAAGAGUGUUAAUGGAUUCGAAGAAGAAGUGUUCCAACAAUUACAAUUUAGUUUUGAUCGUUUAAAGAAUCCAAAACUUCAAGAUUGUUUCCUCAGUUGUGCAUUAUAUCCGGAAGAUGAGGAAAUUGAAGAACGAAGUCUUAUUCAACUUUGGAUCGCAGAAGGGCUUGUGGAAGAAAUGGAUAGCAUGCGGGCAGGGUUUGACAGGGGUCGUGCAAUAAUGAAUAGACUCAUCAGCAAUUGUUUGUUGGAAGUUUUUACUCAUUCUGAAAAUGAAAGAACUAUAAAGAUGCAUGAUCUUAUAAGGGACAUGGCAUUACAUAUUGCAGAAUCUCGAGUCCUGGUAAAAACUGGCAUGAUGCUUGAAAAAAUACCAGAUGUGCAAGAAUGGAGCAAGGAUCUAGAGAAAGUUUCGUUGAUGAGGAAUCAGUGGUUAUAUAUACCUUUAGAAAUGUCACCCCAAAGUGUCCCAGGCUCACAACAUUGUUGUUGUCUCAUUGCAAUAUAG